AUGGAUGAUCGACUGGAUAAAAGAAAGGAAAAAGAAAAUGCGGGAAAAGGAAAGGAAAGGAAAGGAAAGGAAAGGAAAGGAAAGGAGAGGAAAGAAAAAAGCAGAAGAAAAAGGAUGUAUGGUCUUAGGUAUUCAAGACUUCAGGACUCCAAGAAGGAUAUUUUGAGUAUCCUAGGGGGUCCUGGUGGUCCACGGGAAUUGGAAAUGUUUGAUGGUUGA